ACGCAGCUGCAAAGAGCCCCUGAGAUGGGGGAGCGGACCGUUGCAGCCCCCGCUUCUUCCAACCCCACCGCGCUGCUCAGCGGAGCAACCGAGCAAAGUCCGUGCCGAUUCCCGUGCAAUAGAGCGAUGCUGAGCGCCAGGAUCCAGCCCAGCCCCGCAGAACCACCGCCCGCCCCGCAGCUCCCGGCCCCUUCGUGCUGAUGUCACGGCGCGGGGGAAAGCAGCCGCCCUCCCUCGAGCAGAAGGAACCAACGCUGGGGCCAACGCCGUUUCCUGCUCCUCCUCUCGCUCUUCCCAAAAGAACUCAGCACCUCCGGCCCGGGAGGACGAUGCCCCAACAGGGCCCAUCCAUGGACGCCAGCAAAAAGGUGGAUCUGAAGAUCAUUAUCAUAGGAGCUUUAGGUGUGGGCAAAACCUCCCUCCUGCACCAAUAUGUGCACAACACCUUUUAUGAAGAUUACCGCACCACGCUGGGCGCCAGCAUCCUGACCAAGGUCGUCGCAGUGGACAAAACCCCCCUGAAGCUGCAGAUCUGGGACACGGGGGGACAGGAGAGAUUCCGGUCCAUGGUGUCGACCUUCUACAAGGGCUCUGAUGGAUGCAUGCUGGCCUUCGAUGUGACAGACAGGGAGUCCUUUGAGUCCCUGGAUAACUGGAGAGAUGAUUUCCUGGAGAAGGUCAUCCCGAGGGAUUACGACUUCCCCAUGGUCGUGUUGGGGAACAAAAUAGACCUCUGUGACCGGCAGGUGUCCAAAGAGAUCGCCUCCGCCUGGUGCAAGGAAAAAGACAUCCCUUACUUCGAAGUCAGCGCCAAGAACAACAUCAACGUGGCACAAGCUUUCGAGACGCUCGCCAAGCAAGCCCUGACCACGUAUAAAGGGAUUUACGAGAGUUAUUUAACCGACUCCAUCAAGCUCACUCCUGAAGACAAACCCACCAAGAGAUGCUGCUGAGUCCAGCACCGGAGCUGUGCUGUGAUCUGCACACGUGGCUGAGCAUCCCAGGCACCCUGGGGCUGUGAUGCCAACGCCGGGAUCCUGCCUGGGUCUCCGUGUCCCCUGGCUGUGCCAGGGCUCUGCCAAGCCUGGAUAUGGGAUGGUUGGUCACCUCCUGAUGUGCCCAGGCUGGGCUGUGCACCCAGGUCCUGCUGCUUGGAUCUGCUCUCCCAAAUCAGCCACCGAGGCACAGUGACCCCUGGUGAACUCUGUUCUCCACCCACCUGGCACCCAAACACACAUCCCUGCGGUGCCAGCGACCCUGCAGUAACGGUGCCAGGAUGCUGGGCAGUGCCUCUGGGGCAUGGGACAUCCUCCAGAGCAUCGCUGGGUGACUGCAGCCUUCACCAUGCACAGACCCCCAGCACUCACAGCUGCUCCCAGGAAAGGAGAGGGGCCGCUGGGUGGCACACAGCUCUGAGAGCACUGCAUCCCCCCAGGCUCGGCUGCUUCACCCAUCACCGCACUGUGCCUCAGUUUCCCCCACUCACACACACCCUCUGUAAAAUGUCUUCCGUUUCCCACCUCGUUGGUGAGGAUCCUCUGUAAAGCACUUUGUCAGGGAUUUAUUAUUAUUUUUUUUUCCCUAAGAAAAUUAAAUAUUUCCUUUUUAUUUCUA